AGUGGGUGUUUUCCACUUUCUAAAAAAUAUAUAAAGCCACAGAAUUUCCCCCACUGAUACAUCAAACCACGAACUGUUCCUCAUCCAGGCUCUAUCUGCAGCUGCUGAAGAAGAGUCAGUAUGGAUCAUCUGGUCCUGAUUUGUGUUCUCUUCAUGGCUUCAUCAGCUAUUGGCCUGACAAUCACACCUGUGUCAGAGGUUGACUUGAACAGGCUUGUUAUGGAGCAACUCAAAAACCCAGUAAAGAGAACCGCUGAGGCGAGGCACUGUCAGCCCAGCUGCCCCUACGGCUGGGUGCAGUUUGAUGGACGCUGCUUCAGCUAUUUCGGGUACUCAAUGGACUGGGCCGCUGCUGAGGCUUACUGUAUAAAUCUGGGGGGAAACCUGGCCUCAAUCCACAGUGAGAAUGAGUAUCAGGUGGUGAAGGCUCUGGUCCGUGCUUACGACCCCAAAGAGCAAGAAACAUGGAUCGGUCUCUCCAACUGCCAGAAGAAGAACAGCUGGCUCUGGUCUGACGGGAACAGGUACAGGUACAGCAAGUGGAACAACAAGGAGCCCAAUCACAGCGGUGGAGAGUGCUGUGUGCACAUCAACUAUGGUUCCCAGAAGGACUGGAAUGAUAUUGCAUGCAACAAGGCCUACUCCUUCGUCUGCGUCAGGAGGCUAAGAAAAGACAUUAUGGGUCGUUUGAUGGAAAUAUCUUUACUUGCUUUUCUCUGUGUGGCUUCAUCAGUGUCUGGUCUUGUGAUAAAACCUGUCUCAGAAGCUGAUCUACAUGCUUUAGUUCAAGAACAAAUCAAAAGCCCAGUAAAUAGAAUGAAUUCUGAGAAGGACACAUGUGAGCCCAGCUGUCCGUAUGGCUGGGUGAAAUUCAACGGACGCUGCUUCAGCUACUUUGGCCAAGCUGUGGACUGGGUCACCGCUGAGGCUUACUGUAUAAAUCUGGGGGGAAACCUGGCCUCGAUACACAGUGAGAAUGAGUAUCAGGUGGUGAAGGCUCUGGUCCGUGCUUAUGACCCCAGCGAGAAAGAAACAUGGAUUGGCCUCUCCAACUGUCAGAAGAAGAACAGCUGGAUCUGGUCUGAUGGGACAAAAUUUACAUACAGCAAAUGGAACCCUGGUGAACCCAAUCAUAUCAAUGGGGAGUGCUGUGUAGCCAUCAACUGGGGCUCCACAAAGAACUGGAAUGACUGUCAAUGUCAUAUUGGGAAUCCAUUUGUCUGCGUGAGGAAGCUGUGAAGCCCUGUAAUCCAUGAACACACAUCUGUUUUAUAUAUUUUUAGAUGUUUUUUUUUAUCUUAACCUUUUAUUCUGUUUAUGUAAUGCAAAAUUUCUUAAUCUCUGAAAACAAUGUAUUGUUCAUUUUCUGUACACCUUUUGUAAAAUAUUAAUAAAAACAAAACCUGAUUCAUUUUUGCAAAAAA